CGGCGCGGCGCGGCAGACGCGGCCCGGCCAUGGACGAGCAAGCGGGGCCCGGCGUUUUCUUCAGCAACAACAACAACAACAACGCGCUGCUGCUGCCGCCGCCGACGGGCGGGCCCGGGCUGGAGCCGGGCGAGGCGGCGGCGGCCGCGGCGGCGGCUGCGGCGGGAGGCGGCAGCGGAGGGGUCUCCGCCGGCGGCACCGCCGCGCCGGUGUCGGCGUCGCGGGCACAGUACAGCGUGCCGGGCAUCCUGCAUUUCCUGCAGCACGAGUGGGGCCGCUUCGAGGCGGAGCGCGCCGAGUGGGAGGCGGAGCGGGCGGAGCUGCAGGCCCAGAUCGCUUUUCUUCAAGGUGAAAGGAAGGGGCAAGAAAAUCUAAAGAAGGACCUAGUGCGGAGAAUCAAAAUGCUGGAAUAUGCACUUAAACAAGAAAGGGCUAAAUAUCACAAAUUGAAAUACGGCACAGAAUUGAAUCAGGGAGAUAUGAAGCCACCGAACUAUGAUUCUGAUGAAGGGAAUGAAACAGAGAUUCAGCCACAACAAAAUAGUCAGCUAAUAUGGAAACAAGGACGACAGCUGCUAAGACAGUAUCUACAAGAAGUGGGUUACACUGACACAAUAUUGGAUGUGAAGUCAAAACAAGUACGAGCUUUAUUGGGCCUCUCAAGUGAUGCUUCAGAGAAGGAAAACAGAAAUCAAGAACCUAUGGUAAAUGGCACAGAGGGCCAAAUUAAAGAAAACGCUAUGAUUGGGAAGCCAGAAUUGACUGACUCUGCCUCUCUGCUAGAGACCUUCAAGUUCCUUGAAAAUGCAGCUGCAGACUUCAGUGAUGAAGAAGAUGAGGAGGAUAUUGAAGGAAGAGAGAAAACAAUCAUUGAUACCGCAACAAUUGUAAGGAAAAGAGUGCUGUCUGACAGUAGUGAAGACAGAGAUACAGAAGAAGCUUUGAAAGAAUUUGACUUUUUGGUUACCUCAGAUGAAGGUGAUGGGGAAUCGAGAAGUUCAGGAGAUGGAACAGACUGGGAAAAGGAAGACCAAUGUCUCAUGCCUGAAGCCUGGAAUGUCGACCAGGGAGUAAUAACCAAACUCAAGGAACAAUACAAAAAGGAGCGCAAGGGGAAAAAGGGGGUGAAGAGAAAAACUGCCGAAGAUAUGUUUCAACCUCAAUCCUAUAUAAAACAGUCAAAACAGGGAUGUGGGAAAAUGAUGGAGCAAAGCACAGGGCCCAACAGGUCAAAGCUGCAAGAUAUGCUUGCAAACUUGAGAGAUGUUGAUGAUCUCCCUUCAUUACAGCCAUCUGUUGCACCUUCUUCUAGACCCAGUAGCUCAAGGCUGAUUGAACAUGAGAUAAACAGGACAGAUGAAGUGGAAGCUUUAACAUUCCCUCCUUCUUCAGGGAAAUCUUUCAUUAUGGGAACAGAUGAAACCCUUGAAAAUGAGCUGGGUCUUGGAGAGCUGGCUGGCCUCACAGUGGCCAAUGAGGCAGAUUCGCUGGCUUAUGAUAUAGGAAACAAUACGGAUGCACUGAGAAAGACUUGGAACCCCAAAUUCACAUUAAGAAGCCACUUUGACGGAAUAAGAGGUUUAGCUUUUCACCCAGUUGAGCCUGUGCUAAUAACAGCUUCAGAGGACCAUACAUUAAAAAUGUGGAAUUUACAAAAAACAGCCCCAGCAAAAAAGAGUGCUUCUCUUGAUGUAGAGCCAAUAUAUACCUUCAGAGCACACAGUGGACCAGUGCUUUGUGUGGUGAUGAGCAGUAAUGGUGAGCAGUGUUAUAGUGGGGGAACUGAUGGCCUCAUCCAUGGCUGGAAUACAACAAAUCCAAACAUCGACCCCUACGACUCUUAUGAUCCUUCUGUUCUAAGAGGUGCUUUUGUAGGCCAUACUGAUGCAGUGUGGGGUCUGGUUUACAGUGGCACACACCAGCGUUUGCUGUCCUGUUCUGCAGACGGCACUGUACGUUUGUGGAAAGCUACAGAAGUUGCUCCAGCUCUCAAUGUAUUUAAUGAUAAUCAAGAAAUGGGAAUCCCUUCCUCAGUAGAUCUUGUGAGCAGUGACCCAAGCCUCAUGGUAGCAUCAUUCAACACUGGACACACUAGCAUUUUUAACAUGGAGACACGGCAACGGAUUCUUACCCUGGAGUCUGGAGUAGAUAAUGCGGUCAGUACUUCCUGUCAGAUAAACAGAGUCAUCAGCCAUCCGACUCUUCCAAUUAGUAUCACUGCUCAUGAAGACAGGCACAUCAAAUUCUAUGACAACAAUACAGGGAAACUGAUCCACUCCAUGGUAGCUCACUUAGAUGCAGUUACAAGUUUAGCUGUCGAUCCUAAUGGCUUGUACUUGAUGUCUGGCAGUCAUGACUGUUCAAUUCGCUUAUGGAAUCUUGAAAGCAAGACCUGCAUCCAAGAGUUCACUGCUCAUCGCAAAAAAUUUGAUGAGUCCAUUCAUGAUGUGGCAUUCCACCCAUCCAAAUGUUACAUUGCCAGUGCAGGAGCAGAUGCCCUGGCAAAAGUGUUUGUAUGACAGAGUGUGUCCCUUUCCAACUUUAGCUUUGUAUAUAUUUAACCAGCUGCACAAAAGAGAAGAGAAGGGCGUGAGUCUCCUGCCCAAUCAGAGAAUGUUUGUAAGUGUUUAGUUUUUGCAGGGUGCUGUUUUCUAAAUUGAAAUUUGUUCUGGUUUCUGUGAGCUCAGCUGGUGCUGAGAGCUUGGAAACUCUCAGUUUCAACUACUUUCAAAAAAGGAAAAAAAAAAAAAAGAAAAAAAAAAAAAAAAAAAAAAAAAAGGGCAGUUUUAUUUCAGAGGAUGUGAAUUUUCGUCCAGGCAGGCCUUGGGUGAAAUUAGGUCUAUGUGUUCUCUAUUAUUAAGAUGGAGUACUGGAAAGAAGGGGUCUAAUUGCUUCAGGGAGAGAGGGAAAAGAGGGAAAUUUUCUGGGAUGCUUCUUAUUGAGGAAUCUUGAUGUACUUAAGAUUAAAUCACCUGGAAAAAGUGUCAGUUCAGAUGCUUGUUAUUGUGUCAUGUGAGAGGCACUUUGUCAUCCCUUAAUCUCUUCGGUAUUAACGAGUAGAUCACAUUCAGAGAGCAGUAGCUGAUACUUAAUCUCAGCCACCUGGCUGCUAGCCUAAGAUAAAUGUGGAUAAAGAAAAGCAAAUUACUAACAUAAAUUGAAAUACAGUAAAGUUUUAUUAAAUAUUUGGUGUUAUAUGGCAAAUAUUUAGUUUGCAAAAAAAAAAAUUGUAUAAUUUUUUAAAUUGCAUUAGCAUGUGGUUAGAAGCUUAGCCUUUAGUCUAGUCCCAGUUAACAGCAGACUGAAGCAGUCUGUACAUACUUCAGUAGCAGAUUAACUUAUUCAGAUUUAUAAUACUGUUUUUCUUGGAGAUCUGGCACAAGAAAUUAUAAGAUUUCCCAAAGAAACUCUUACAGUGUAAUUAUCAUAUGUUCAUCCUCCUCUUUUUGUUCCUGCUAAAAAAAGGGUAUCUUUCUGGGCAUUGUGUAACCAUGAAAUACUCAAUUUCUUUUGAAGAUUAAACCUAUGCUUUGUAUGAGUCCUACUAGCAGCAUCACAGGUGCCUGCACAAAGGUCGAUCUGUGUGAAAGUUUCUGCUACUUGUAGAGGCAUUUCCAGACUACAGCAUUUGUGGAACUUUUCCACGUGUGCUUCACUGGGCAUAUUGUGCCAUUAAUUAGGUUACCUGAAGAACGAAUGCUUUUUUAAAAUUGCUCAACAGAUGUGUUUUGUCUCAGUAUUCAGAACUUCUCUGUUGAUUCAAGUGACAAGUAACUUUUAAUCCAAAAUAUUUGGCAAUUUAUCCCUUCCCUUUUGUCCCUCCCUAUAAUGAAAGUGAGUGGAUUCUUGUUACAUGUCACCAUGAAAGCCCUUACUGCUCUUCAGUUUGGACUUUGUGUUUUCCUCAAAUUGGAAUGGAAGGCAGAAUUUAUUCUGCCUAUUAUUCGAUUAUUUCUGGUGCUGAUGUGAGUAGGAAAGAACCCAACAUAGGCAAUCCUUUCAAAGACCAGCCUGAGGCUAAGACUGGAAACUGAUCAUCUUAACCUUUACGCUGACACUUGUUAAGAAGGAAUCAUUGAAAGAUAUCAACAUAGGAUUUGACCAUGUUGUUCAUGUGAUAUUUAGAGAUGGGACCACUAUUGAUGCUGAACUCAGAGUUUAGAUUAACUGUAUUAUUUAGAAUAAAAGGUUGACUUGUGCUUUUUGAGCCUGCAACACAUUAUAUUUACUGCUAAAGUAUCCUGGAAUACCUUUUUUUUGCUCAGAAUAUUCAGAUAUGUCACUUCAUGAUACUGAUAUGCAAUAUAUUUUCAUAGGUAAGGUUAGAACUUUUACCAUGAAACAGAUGAUUACGAUAAUGAUUCAGAUUUAGUUUUUAAAAAUGUUUUGAUUAUGAUAAAAAGAGGGAAAACUUGUCUGCAAAACUGAGCAUUCAACUUAGUGAGAGUUCUGUGUACUUGACUCAUAUUCUUUCAGUGUCAUUAUUUUAUUUCUUUUUGGAGAGGAAAUUACAAAGAUUUAUUUGAAAAAUUCUAAAAGCUAUGUAUAUUACAUAUGUGUAUAUAUAUUGUAAACAUGUAUUAAAUAUGUCUAGUAAGGGAAGACUCUAUGGGUGCAUUUUAAUGUUUUAGUAUUAAGAGUUCUCUUGAGUUUGUGUAUACAAAGGAUAAUGGUGUGAGUAUGAAAUGAAUGUUGUGCUUUUGCUUACACAAUACAAUAUGUAGUUAAAGUUGUUUAAAUUGCUGUACAUAAAACGAAUAGGCCAGCAUGCUCGUUUUUAAAGACUGUCAUUCUGAUUACAAUUGGAAUGUAAGAAGUGGCUGUUCAAAUGUGAAUUGAAAGAUGUUUCCUUCUCUAUCGAGCUUUUGCUCAAACUGAGAAGUGACUUUUUUUAAAGCUGGCAAUAGCUAGAGGAUGAGGUGCCUUUAAAAAAAACAAAACAAAACAAAUGUAGCCUUACAAAGAGGUUGUGGAUAUAUAUUUUUGUGCUGGUCUUCAUAAUUGAUGUCAAUGUCUUCUUACUGUACUUGUUCACAUACUUGUAGGACUGCAGGGUAUUGUGCAUGAGCCUGUCAGAUCUUCUGAACGUCAUCAUAGGAGUUAGGGAUGAAAAAUUUAUUUAGGUUACCCAGUCCAUCUGUUCACUCAAGCAGGAUUGUUGACUUGUGCAUUUUAAUAUUGUCUUGGCCAGUGAGCUCCUGUAUGUGUUCUAAGUGAUUAAUUUUCUUUCGGAAGAUUAUUUCGAUGAUUGCUUCUCACUGGCAGGAGGAUUUAUUUGACGUUUAGUGGUUCUUUUUUUGUAACUUCAUGCUGGUAUUUCGAGUCAUAUUUUGUGCCAUUUUAAAUACUCCUCAUCACCUCUGUGAUUUGGAACCUUUGUGUAUGCACUAGCUCUAGCUGCAUAUUUCCCCUCUCUCUAGGCUGUUUUUCAAUCUGCUCUUUUUACACAACUUUUUCUUGUUUUCAGCUUCUUUAGUUCCUGUCUCCGUAUCCUGGUGCCCACAAUGCCUUUCCACGUACAGUGCUUUGUCAGACUUAGUCUGAAGGGGAUCUGUUAAAUGUGGAGGGUUUUGGUUUUUUUCCCCUCUACACGAUACUUUUGUGUAGGAAGUCCAAAUGUUUUGGUCUAGCUAGUAUCUCUAUACCCAGAUCUCAUUUCUGACAAUUGUUUUCUUUAACUCAGCGUUGCUGCUUCUCAAGUUUCUCCUUCACUUUCAGUAUGUACUUAAAAUUAUUUUGCAGCUAGAUGCUUAUUCAUAACUUAUUUUUAAAUGCUUUGAACUUCUGAUCUCAGAGAGAACUCUUUCUUUUUUUUUUCACUUUAGAAUGCAAUUCUUUCUGGUUCAGUAUAAUUGGUAAUUUUUACGAAUGUGAUAAAUCCAUCUGAAGAUGCAAACAAAAUGGAACUUAAUGGUUGUUCCUGGAGAAAAAAAAAAACCAAAACAAACCAACAAAUAGCGACAUUUUUGUGUGACACUGUAUAUUGCCUUUUACCAUUGUCCUUUUUCAUGUAUUUAAUUGACAUGAUACGUUUUUUAAUGGUUAACUUGUAGAAUUUUUUGUGUAUGUUAGCCUGUGCUACUGAUUUUGGUUUUGCUAACUAAUUUAAUGGGAGAAUCUGCAAUUCUUUCAUACAUUUAAAAUGAGUCCAAUAGGUUUAAAUACUCUCACUUUUCUUACUAAUUUAUUUCAUUGCUGUAUACUUUCACUUUAAUUAUAUUUGAUUCAGUUGCCAAAACACUUGCACAAAAUGAUUUAGAAUAGCCUGGAGGAAGCUCUAGAUAUAAUUUUGUUGUGGAAAAUAUUUCCUUCUCUCCCGAAAAAUCUCUGUUUGCCUUUUUUUUUUGCGUGUUUGUGCCUCAGAAGAAAGUGUUUUGACAUAUCAAAUAAAAGAUUUUGUUACUUAAAAGACUUUAGCAAGAAGUCUUAAGAUAAUGACAUGUCACAUACUGUUGAUUGUUUUCUAUCUGUAUGUUCUCAAAUUGUGUUAUGUAAAAGCAGUCCCAUACAUAAUAUGUUUGAGGAAAUGUAGUUACCAUACAGCUUUGUCAUCAGUAAUCAGAAAUGUAUCCUUUUGAGAAAUUAUGUGACAGAUAAAGGACUUGGUUACACUGCCUUUUGAGGUACACCUGUUUGAUCUCAAAUGUGUCCCCUUUCCCUCUCCCUGUUCCUCAUGUUUUAUCAGUGUCAUUUUUGGGAGCAGUGAUUUCCAUAAGCUCAUGCAUCACUUAUCAGCAUUAGUCCAUCACACAAGAAACAUGAAGUUAAGAAGCAGUUAGAACCAUCUCAGUGUUUGGAAUGCCUCUCAAGAUGCAUGUUUGGAGCCAUUUGCAGACUGUAGUUUGGACAGUUUGCAGACUGUUCUGGGGACUCUCGGUGUAAAAUGUUCAAUAAGAAUGUUCUCCAGUAAAACCUUGUAAAAUAGGCUGAGUUGUGGAGGAAAGUGCAGUUAUUUUGUUUGUUCCUGUGCCUGUACAGGACUGAUAGAGAGCGUUCUUCUUGGAGUCCUCUUUGCUGAAGCAUCAAGCUUGCAAUCUAACAUGAAUGGCUCCUGCAAAUGAGAUUACUCAUAUUUUUGCUUUGAAGAUCUCUAGUGGUCACUAUGCUGAACAGUGAGGGAGGAUGUUGGAUGAACUCUGAAGGUUGAAACAGUUUAAAUGCCAAAACCAAUGUGCCCUCCCUGUAGGUGUCAGCUCAGAAUAACUAGGCUGGGAAGCAGUGUAGAAUUCAAGCUGAUGAUAGCAGAGGGAACUCUGCUAAGGGGUGGAGUAGCAAUCUUAGUGAAGCUUUCCUGUGAUGACUCCUCAGAUUUAUUCAUUCACACACCCAUUGGCUGCCGGUUGUGUGAAGGACAAAGUGUAGUAUAUGUUCAGAUUCCAAACUGUGGAAUAAUUGUGUCAGAGGUGGAGAAACUGUUGCUUUAGACAAGCUGCCCAAAACAAUUGCUUGUGUUGCUAAAUAUUGUUGUGUCUUUUUAAACUUUACUUUCUCCUGUAAGUGAAUGGGACCAGUGGUUUCAGUUAAAUUGAAACUCAGUUGGCACACGUAUCUCAGCUUUCUUGUGGACAAGGUGAAAUUCAUGGAAAUAACUGUGAAAAUGUGGUGCUGCUUGUAAUACGGCAUUUAUAGCACUAAAAAUUGUGGCUGUAGUGGAAACUGUUUUAGCCUACACUGUUAAAAAUGAAGGUAUCAGAAAUGAUAGUAAAAUAUUCACAUAUGGUAAAUUGUUUUGUAUGAAAUGUUUGAUUGGGGGGGGCACCUGCUGCUGGUUAGCAUCAUAAUGGUAAGUUCAGUUGAGCACAGAGAGGAAGCAACAGUUUUUCUGGAAACCUAAAGCUUUCUUUUUCCGUGAAGACAUGUAGUAAUUGAAAAUGUUUUAUUCAAAUCUGAUAACAUAUUUAAUUGCAGAGGUUGCAAUAGGUGAACAGUCUUGACUAUUUCAUCACUUUAGAGGAGCACACUGUUACUGAAACUAAUGGCCUGUGAACUGUUAGGCAAACCCUCUGCAGUAUUUCUGCUGAGUAGCAAUGAAUCUGACAGAAAACAAAGUGGUAGGCGAUGCAAUCAUGAAAAACCUCACAUUUUAAGAGACAGACUUAAGUACAACAGAGUGAAUGAAGAAACAUCUGGGGAGUGAGGAGGGUGCAAGAGUGACCUUUAUGUAAAUAGCCUUUGUACAGACAAAUGCUCAGGAUGCAACUGAUGAGGCUAAUCCAGGAAGGGAAGGUCUUGGCAAUGAGACCUUCAAAAUUACAACUGUGCCUGUACUAACAUAUGUACCUGUUGUGAAGGUUAUCAGUCUUUUUGAAAUUUCACUCUUAUCUUUCCACUUAUUUUUUUAUAUAUAUAUAUAUUUUUUCUUGGAGUCAUAAUACCAUAGCUACAGUGGAUUUUUAUUGCAGGAUAAAUUUCAUAAAAGCAUUUGAUCUAGAAUGUUUUUUGAAGAGUAUUGCGGUUUCAGCUUCGAAAUUGCGCCUCCCAUCACCAACAGGCUGUUCUAUACUUCCUUGGUCCCAGUUCAUGUAAGUCUACUGAGUUCUCUGAUCCUGCCUUCUGACAUGGUUUCUCUACCCUUUGAUCUGUUGUGAAAAUUUAGGAAGUACUACAUCAUUCAAGGAAUUCAGAUUCCCAAAAACAACUACAGAAUCAUUCCAGAGUGAUGAUGACUCUGUAGUCAUUCCAGUUCCACAGUAGAGUUUAUGGGUCUGAACUGGGUCAUUCUAAAGGGAGGUUUGAUGCUGGAUGAUAAAAUGUGAAGUAUAGCUGAACUAAAGAGGUAUUUAAUAAUACACAUGCUUUAGCCUAUCUUUGUUCUUGAUUGUCCCUGAGUCAUCGUAUUGUGUGUCCAACUAAUUUGGCACAGUUUGUGCCACCAAGCCACGCUGUGAUCCUGGGAGAUCACACCUCAUUUUAAACCAUGCCAAUGUGUAUGCUUUUGAAGCUGCUCAAAGCCUUGUGCUGGCGAGGUCCUCGAGCCCUUGCAGGCCUCAAAGGUACUCCCUCCUACUUCAGAGAAACCCUUGGUCCUCAGACUGGAGUAUUAUACUGGAAAGCCGAGAAAAGAUUUACGAAGCUGCAUUUGUAUUCUUCUGUAAGAAAAGGGAUGACUUAUCUCCAAGCCAAAUAUUUUCAUAAUUUUGGAUUAUUUUAAAAAAGCAGCCAAAAACAUUGUGUAAGGGAAAUGCAAUGGACUUCAAGCUAAUAUUUUUCCAUUGAGAAUUUAUUUUUUUAUUCUUCCUCUCAUUAAGAUAGUGCUUAUUGAAUGUUGCUUGUUUUCAGAUGUGUGGCUCCUAGAACUGUUUUCCUGCAAUCAUGCAUUUACAAGCAUGCACAGGUUUUGAAAACUGUUUCGUAUGCGUUAGCACUUGUUCCGGAAAUGCAAAAUGAAGAUGAUUGCUCAUAAUUUUUUGUACAGCCCAUUAUAGACCAAUCAGACUGAAAAUCAGACUUGUGCUGUAACUUCCUUGAAUCACGCAUCUGAAAAUCUUAUAGAAAUCUGUGAUAAGAAGACUAUUGCUGCUGUAAGAUUUUUUGUUGACAUUUGUCAGCAGAUCAACCUGCGUUGUAUUUCAUCUAAAUAUCUUCAAUUGGUUUCUUUUAAGAGAAACUGUCAGGUUAAAAAAAAAAAUCCAGAUGAAUUUCCUUGUCUUAUGGAACUUACAUUCAUAAGAUUGAAGUAAUUAAAACUGAUUGGUUUUUCAGCAUGGUCAUGGUUUGGAUUGUUGUUCUUUAUCUUCAUCUAUAUUCAUCUAUACCCUUUCCCCUCCCUAGGAAAAACUGUUGAAUUUAGAGGUACCUGACAGUUCUUUCAGAGAAGAUACCACAGGUGAUAACCACUUAUAUGUCAAUAUUUACAUGUGGUCCUCUUCUGUUUUGGGUCACUUCCAUGACAGAUAGUUAAUAGGAAAAGGCUACUGUGACUAAUGUUUGAACUCUUGCUUAAACAGCUACAGGAAAUUAAGAUUCCCCUUCAGAAUUACUCUGAGGUUAUUAUUUUGCACGCCAGUUUUGAAUGACUACUUUGAAACAGUGUUGGGCUUCUAGUGUCUUGCAUAGUGGUGGAUCCAAAUGAGAAAUGCCUACUUGUUGAGUAAUAGUCUGCUUGUCAGUUUGUAUUAUGGUUCAGUACCACAUUGUCAGAAUACCACCAGAUUACCUUCUUUAAAUGCUACUGUUGUACAGAGGUGAAUGUUAUUUUAAGUGAGAGAUACUGCUUUCUAAUUCACAAAGGAAAUGGUUUACUUGGGAGUCAGGAUCCCAAAUUUUCAUAUAUUUCAAGAUUUCAGAAAGGCUUUUAUGGGAAAUAAGAAAAGUCAAAGUCAUCAUUCUCCAAAGAUUUGAUAAGCCUUUGUUAUAAAAAGUCUAAAUAUUUGCUAUAAAGAAAAAUGCUUCUUCAAACACUUCAUAUUAACUUUUACUGAAAACCAAUAUUUUAAAAUCCUGGAUAAAUAUCUCAAAUGGCGAAGACAGAAAAUUCAGAGAGAGAUUAUUUUGAAAUACGCCAGUAUAUUUUUGAGCUUCUCAAUUGCGGCCCUGAAUUUUCUCUUUUUCGCUGCAAUUCAUACUUUGUGAAGGUUCUUGGAUAGGUUAUAUUUAAAACUACAUUCACUUGCUUGAAUAGUCCAAAUAAAUAUUUUGUCAUUAAAAUUGUAUAGGUCUGCAUAUUUUAGUGUGCCAUUUAAAAUGAGACCACAUAGAAAUAACCAUGCAGGUAUUUAUAUUGAUAUGACUGUAGUGAAGUGGGAUGGCUGUAUACUGUACCCGCAUUCUGUGCUGAGCAAAAUCACAUGGACUUCCAGAAAUAAGCAAUGGUUUUUAAAAGCAGCUUUAUUUAAUGUUGCAGCAGCAAGUAAGUGUCAUUUGUACCAUAUAAUUAUGUAAAUUGGGUGCUAAUAAAUACUAUUUUUCAACA